AUGAAACUAUUAUUUAUUGGGUUAUCUGUGUUAUUUAUAUCAAGUUUUGUAAAUUGUGAAGGCCCUUUGACAUCACAAGAAAUUCAGACUUUGAUUACAUAUCAUAAUAAUUGGAGACUAUCACCAGACCCUGCAUCAGCAGGUCCAUUAACAGCACUGACAUACAAUUAUGACAUUGCAGCCACUCUUCAAGCACAUGUCAAUAAAUGUGAUUUUACCUUUUCACCAGCCACUCGUUACGGAGCUGUCAAUGAAUGGAUCUAUUGGUGGACACCACAGUAUUUCAACAUGGAAUCCCAAAUGAAUUUACUUUGGGGGCAACGUCUCAAUUAUGAUUGGAAUACAGGUGCUUGUCUCCCAGACAAAUCAUGUUUGCCAUGGGUAUUCACAGUUUGGAAUGCAACCACUAAUUUUGGAUGUGCCAAAGUUGAUUGUGGUGAAAGAUUGAUUAUGGCAUGUGACUAUAAUCCACCUGGUGGUUACUCUGGUGUCAAACCAUACCAAUUAGCACCAGUCACUCCUACACCUGCCCCAACACCCUCACCAACUCCAGUCCCCCCAACAAGCAAUAAUAUCGAUUGGAGACCUUUUUUAACUCCAAUUAGACAUCAAGGUCAAUGUGGUUCAUGUUGGACUUUUGGUUCAGUGGCAGCAAUUGAAUCAAGAUAUUUAAUUAAAAAUGGAUUAGCAGAAAUCAAUACAUUGGAUUUAUCUGAACAAAAUGGAGUUAAUUGUUUAAGAUUUGGAUGUAAUGGAGGUUGGAGUCAAUUGUUCUUUGAGACGUUUAUGGAAAAGGGAUUGGCCUAUGAAAAGGAUAUGCCGUAUCUUGCAGCUGAUCAACCAACCUGUUCGUAUGAUAUUGGAACUCCAAGAUUCAGAUUUUCAAGUUAUGGAACUGUACCACGUUUCAACAAACAAGCUAUGAUUGAUGAACUUCGAAACGGACCAAUUACAGUGUCUCUUUGGGUAGAUGAUGCAUUCCAAUCUUAUUCUGGUGGUAUUUUUAAUUGUCAAACUGUCUAUACUACCACCAACCACAUCGUCACUUUAAUUGGAUACAAUGCAGAUCAAGAUUACUGGAUCUUGAGAAAUAGUUGGGGUAAAUACUGGGGUACCGGUGGAGGCAAUAUGCUCCUAACAGCUGCCAAUGAUAAUUGUUAUAUGUUGGGUUAUUCAAGUUACUAUCCAAUCAUUUAA